UUCGCUGAUCUCACUAUUCCUGCAGAAUCCCAGGGGUCCCAGCAUAACAUGACCCCUCAGCCUUCCACAAGCCGCACAGCACAAAGUCCGCUAGGAGAACCGUCCUGCAAAAAAGCAAAAAUGCAUGGCGCCGGGCUUCCUGAAUCCCUAGCAGACAGUGUUAGUUGUGAUACUAUGACUGUCUCUCAACCAGAAGAGGAUACACACCAUACUAUGUCCCAGCUACAAGCUCCUGGCUCUGUAAACUCUCAAAAUGUGAACAAUGUUUAUCUGGAUAUGGUGCAGGCGUGGGAAAAUCCUAUCCGGAAUUUUAGAGCUGUGGAAUAUUAUCAGAGAUAUAGAUUUAUUAAUCUUGAUCAAAUCCGAUCUUUUGUAGUUGCUAUAGAGGCCAUACAUAAUGUGAUACAGAUUCUUUUGAAUAACGUAGCCAUGAACAUCGGCCCAAAUGAUUUUGUUCAACUACGGUUGGAUGCAGAGGGGUUAAACCACCCCGUCUUUUCUCAUAGGAGGUGUAUGAAUGAUUUAAACGCUGAUGAUUUUCUCACCAGUGUUGAAAAUCUGCUACAAAGUAAGGCUGAGAUAUUGUGGGGGGGUGAUUUGCAAUUAGUGGUUACCAUCGUGAAGAACAAGGAGGGAGGGGGGCUUAGGAAGUUAAAUACUUUGCUGCUUACCAAAGUACUGGAGAAAAAAAGACAGCAUCUAGUAGAUUUCAAUGUGGAAGGCGAAUUUCUUUGUUUUGCCAGCUGUUUGCUCUGUCUGAUUGGUUCUGAUGGUAGUAAGCAAGAAAUUAUUACCAAGGCCAGGGAACUUCACAGGAAACUGGGUAUUUCCACAGGAAAUAGGAUUGACUUUUCUCAGGUUCACAUCUUUGAAAAACAUUUACAGGUCACUAUAAAGAUCUUGUUUUACAUGCAGGACGGGUGGCGUUUUUUUGUUACAGGUCACCCGCAGCAAGAAAAAAUAGUAUUUAUAUUAUUGCACGACAGGCAUUACUAUGGUGUUAAAAAUAUCAAGGGCUUUCUGGGCGAACGCUAUUUUUGUAAAUUCUGCCACACGGCUUAUCACCACAAAUUUAGUCACGGGUGCCAAUAUAUUUGCAGAGCAUGCCUAAAGCAAGAGUGUCAGCAGGUUGAGGUGGAGAAGGGGCUGUGCUGUAGGUGCAAAGCACCUUGUCGGUCUAAGGAAUGUGCUGAAAGACAUGCACAACUCGCUAAGGAGGGAAAAGUUGAGUGUAAGACUAAACAAUAUUGUGAAACGUGUGGUCUUUAUGUCUUUACCCCCCACAAAAAGUGCAAGGAAGUCAAAUGUGGGCAGUGCUAUGAGAAGGUAGAAAGCUUGGAAGGUCAUUUAUGCUUUCUAAAAUCGUUGGACCGACCACGAAUUGGCGAAAGAUAUAUUAUUUAUGAUUUUGAAUGCUGCCAAGAAACAGGUACCCACAUACCUAAUUAUACAUGUGCCAGGGAUAUGCUGAAAGAUGAGGACGAUAAAGAUGUUGUGAGGUGGGAUUGUUAUGGUGUUAGAUGCUUGGAACAGUUUAUAAAGAAAUUUAUAAAUCAUAAGUUUAAAGGUUGUACUUUUAUUGCACACAACUCCAAAGGUUAUGAUGGAUACCUUGUACUGAGGCAGCUGAUCCGAGAAAAGGUUAGGGUUCAACUUAUAAGUCAGGGUGGGAAACUACUGUGUAUUACCCUUCCAGACUAUAAGAUUCGGUUUAUUGAUAGCCUCUCAUUUUUACCACUUAAAUUAUCCAAAUUACCCAAAGCUAUGGGGUUUCAAGGCUGCAAAGGAUAUUUCCCUCACUUAUUCAAUACAAUGGCCAAUCAAGACUACGUGGGGCCGCUCCCUGAAACCAAGUAUUACAGCCCAGAAACUAUGAUGCCUGGGGAGAGAGAAGAAUUCCUGAAAUGGCACACUGCUAAUAGAGGUACUGUGUUUAAACUAAAGAAGGCUCUGGCUUACUAUUGCAGACAGGAUGUAGAUAUAUUAAGAGAGGCCUGUAUUCGAUUUAGGGAUCAGGUGAUGAAAAUGACUGAGCGUGAGUACAGCAGUGGGGUCGGGUUGGAUACUGUUGAGGAGAUUCAAUGCAUUGACCCCUUCCAAUAUAUCACAUUGGCAUCUGUCUGCAUGGCACAGUACCUGUUCAUGUAUUUGAAAAGCAAUACCAUUGCUUUAGAUCCUUUGGACAAUUAUCACAAUACACAGAAAAGGUAUUCGGCUCCAGCGAUUCAAUGGUUGUUGUAUAUAGAGCACACUGAGAAGCUCAAUAUUCAACAUGCUCUGAAGGGUGGUGAAAAGAAAGUGGGCAAAUAUUUUUUGGAUGGUUUCGCGGUCAUAAAUGGAACCCCCACAGCUUUUGAAUUUCACGGGUGUUUUUUUCAUGGGUGCCCUGUCUGCUACUCUGAAAAAGACUUCAACAAAUUACUUGAUUCAACAUAUGGUAGCCUGCACAGCCAUACUAGGAUUAAAGAAGAAUACCUCAGGUCACAGGGUUAUGCUUUGCGCUGCAUCUGGGAACAUGAGUGGCGAGCCAUGGUGGAGGAGGAUACCUCUUUGAAGCAGUUUCUAGUUGAGAAUAAGCUCCCAGCUCCUUUGAAUCCUCGAGAUGCUUUUUUUGGUGGUAGAACAAAUGCUACAUGCCUGUACUACAAACCAAAACCUGGUGAACAAAUCUUAUACUACGAUUUCACCAGUUUGUACCCUUUUGUGAAUAAGACCAAGGAGUAUCCAAUUGGGCACCCUCAAAUCAUCUAUCAAAACUUUGGGGACAUAAAGCAAUAUUUUGGGCUAGUCAAAGUCAAAGUGUACCCGCCAAGGAAUCUCUAUUUCCCAGUCCUACCUCACAAAUCAGGGGGCAAAUUAAUGUUUAGUUUGUGCGCUACCUGCACAGAAAAACUGCAAACCUCCCCCUGUAAACACAGUGAUGAGGAAAGAGCUCUGACCGGUACAUGGUGUACUGUUGAAUUGAAUGUAGCCUUAGAAAAAGGUUACAGAAUUGUUGAAAUCUAUGAGAUCUGGCAUUUUGAAAAAACUUCAAAUGAGCUAUUUUCAGGAUAUAUGAACAUGCAUCUCAGACAGAAACAGGAGGCCAGUGGUUACCCUGAAUGGUGCAAAACAGAUCAGGAUAAAGAGCAAUAUAUUCAGGAUUACGAAAAGAUGGAAGGGGUCCAUUUACGACGUGACCGCAUUGAAGUAAAUCCUGCCAAAAGACAGAUUGCCAAACUCUUUUUAAAUUCAUUGUGGGGCAAGUUUGGGCAGAGCACCAAUCACCUGACCACAUCAGUGGUGACAAACCCUGAGGAAUUAUUCAAAUAUCUUUUUGUACCCUAUUAUGACGUUUCUUCAUGCGAGUUUGUAGAUACAGAGACAGCUGUCGUGACGUGGAAAACUGCCAAGAACCAACCCACCAAGUCCUCAUGCACUAAUGUAUUCAUUGCCAGCUUUACGACCGCUUAUGCACGGCUAGAAUUAUACAGACUACUGGAGGGGCUGGGCGAUAGGUGUCUGUACCAUGACACCGAUUCAGUCAUCUUUGUAAGUAGAGAGGGGGCGUGGACACCCCCUUUGGGUGAUUAUUUAGGACAACUGACAAGCGAAAUUCCACCAAACACUACGAUAACAGAGUUUGUUGCGGCCGGCCCAAAAACGUAUGCUUAUGCUUUAUCCAACGGUGAAGCAGUGGUAAAAGUGAAGGGUAUCACGCUAAAUUGUGGUAAUAGCAGUAAAGUUAACUUUGACAGUUUGAAAGAUUUGGUAGAUGAUUAUUGUCUGCCUGAUGCAAAGAGAAAAAAGGAGAUCAGUGUAGAACAGUUGGGAAUUGUCAGGGUUAAGAAACAGUGGACCUUAGAAACGAGGGUCCUCCGAAAAACUUUAAAAGUUGUGUAUAAUAAAAGGUUAUUAAAUAGUGAGGAUUACUGUACACUGCCUUACGGUUAUUAAGGGGAAUGGAAAACAUUGCACAAUUUGUACACCCUUUUUCCUGUAUUAUAAGUGGUCCGUCCAAUUCUGGUAAAUCUUUUUUUAUCAAACAAAUGUUAGAACAUGGUGAUGGGGUAUUGUCUCAAACUCCUCAAAAUAUUGUAUGGUUUUAUAGCUGUUGGCAACCUCUGUACAAAGAACUGCUUAAUAAAUUCCCUUAUAUUAAGUUUGUGGAAGGUCUUCCGUCUUCUUUUGAAGAUGAUGUUUUGUUUCCGCCAAAUCAAGUAACUCUAGCUGUGAUAGAUGAUCUCAUGGCAUCUGUCGGUGACAGCGACCAAAUAGAGAAGGCUUUUACACAGUACGUUCAUCACAGAAACCUGAGCAUUAUUCUCAUACUACAAAACCUGUUUUUUCAAGGUAAGAAAAUGAGGACAAUAGCUCUGAAUUCCAAAUAUUUGGUUUUAUUCAGAAGCCCCCGUGAUCAAAUGCAAAUUGUCACACUGGCCAGGCAGAUGUAUCCCACUAACACAAAGUAUUUUUUAGAAGUAUUCCAAGAUGCCACUCACAAACCAUACGGGUACCUGUUAGUAGAUUUGUCAGCCAGCACUCCAGAAUCCUAUAGGCUAAGAACGGGGCUCUUCCCCCCUGAUUGGCCUACUGUUUACACGAUGAAAAAGAAGAGUAAAAAGUUGUAACCCAGUUAUCUUAGCACUAGUUCAUUUAAGAUGUCAGAGAGGUUACGUAGAAAUUGGGGGCUUUUAAAAAUCUUAGUAAAGUCCGGACCAAGACAGAGAAAAGCCAUUUUAUGCAAUGCUAAUAAUGACCUGGUGGGGUCAAUAGCAGAAAUAGCACUGAACACCCUAAAAGGAAAUCUUCCUCUGAAACCUUCACAAUUCCGGUCUCUAAAGAGUAAGAAGGGUAUCAUUAAAAAGCUGAGCGAUAGAAAGGUUUCACUCAAAAAGAAGAAACAGAUCAUACUUCAGUCGGGCGGCUUUAUAGGUCCCUUGCUAGGGGCUGCUAUUCCUCUGUUGACUAGCCUGUUAGCAGGGUAAACCAUGGACCAUGCAGAGAAAAUGUAUCUGGUGUCGCGUCAUCAGAUGGAGCAGCUACAGGGCAGGACGCCUACUAUGGGUACUACAGCCACUAACCGUUUGGAUGAUGAGAUGCGCAACAUACUUCAGAGGCAUGAUUUGAGUGAGGAUGACAAGAUUAAGCUCUACAAUUCUGUACUGCAGAGGUAUCUAAGACUGACCAGGCAAAAUGAGUCUGAAAAGGACAAACUGAAUCUCAUUUAUCCACCGGGGGAGCCUCAACCACCUCCAACAUUACCAGAGCAGCCACCACAAACAACUCCACAGACCACCGGUAUGGAUGAUAUCCUAAGCGGUGUGAGCACUCGUUAUAGGAAAAAUGCAGAACUUUUGCUGAACAAAAUGAAACAGCACCAGGACGUCUCAACCUGGGAUGAACGGGGUACCUUUUUAUACAAAGGUGUACCUAUUCCCGGUACUAAUAUUUUAGACUUGGUGAAAGGCGCCUCGCAACACCGAGCCCCUACGGAGAAGCGGAAACCUAAAGGAUGGGAUGAUUUUAUGAAUGCUAUGGCCGAAGUGAAUGUUCCAACUUCUGUGUUGGGUUCUACUGCCGUUAAAGAGCAAAUAGAAAAGUUGAAAGAUACUCUGGCUGUUAAGGAUGAAACUGCUGCUAGUCCCGACUCUGU